AUGCGAGGCGUUUUAAAACUGUUGCUUUUUGCAACUUUUAUCAUCACAGGAUCUUUGGCAGCCGUUUUAGGUAUUGACUAUGGCCAACAAAAUAUCAAAGCUAUUGUAGUCUCACCACAGGCUCCAGUAGAGCUUGUGCUUACUCCAGAAGCCAAACGUAAGGAAAUAUCUGGCCUUUCAAUAAAAAGAUUACCUGGUUUCAAGAAGAACGACCCAAAUGCAGUUGAAAGAGUUUACGGUUCCGCUGUGGGAAGUUUGGCAACGAGGUUUCCCCAAAACACGUUGUUACAUUUGAAACCAUUGCUUGGCAAGUCAUUGGAGGAUGAAAGCAGCGUGACUUUGUACUUGAAGGAACAUCCUGGCUUAGAUAUGGUACCAACUAAUAGAAGCACUAUUGCAUUUGCAGUUGAUGGUGUGGAGUACCCAUUGGAAGAAUUAGUGGCAAUGAACGUUYAAGAGAUUAUCAAUAGAGCUGAUUCGCUGUUGAAGGAUAGAGAUCCUAGAACAGAAGACUUUGUAGACAAGGUAAGUAUUACAGUUCCCGACUUUUUCGGCCAGUACCAAAGAAAUGCACUCCUUGACGUCAGCUCCAUCGCAACUGGCAUUAAAGAGACGUAUCUAGUUAGUGAAGGUAUGUCUAUUGCUGUCAAUUUUGUUUUGAAGCAACGCCAUUUCCCACCAGGUGAAUUACAGCACUACAUUGUUUAUGAUAUGGGAAGCGGGUCUACUAAAGCUUCAAUGUUUUCUAUAUUGCAACCCGAGGACAUCAAUGAGCCAAUUACCAUAGAGUUUGAAGGGUAUGGUUACAAUCCACAUUUGGGCGGUGCAAAAUUUACUAUGGAUAUUGGUAGCUUGAUAGAAAAUAAGUUCUUGGAAAAUCACCCCACCAUUAGAACCGAUGAGUUGCAUGCUAAUCCUAAGGCUUUAGCCAAAAUCAACCAGGCGGCAGACAAGGCAAAAUUAAUAUUAAGUGCUAACUCUGAGGCUUCUAUCAAUAUAGAGUCUUUGAUUAGUGACAUUGACUUUCACACUUCUGUGACUAGACAAGAAUUCGAAGAAUUUAUUGAAGACUCGUUGUUGGAAAUAGUCAAGCCAGUAAACGAUGCUCUGGCCGAACAAUUUGGUAACUACAAGACCAAUUUAUCCGACGUAAACGGUGUGAUUUUGGCAGGUGGUUCUACCCGUAUUCCAAUUGUGCAAGAACAAUUAGUCAAGUUUGUAUCCGAAGAGAAGAUAUUGAGGAAUGUCAAUGCUGACGAAUCAGCUGUAAAUGGUGUCAUUAUGAGGGGUAUUAAGCUAUCUGAUUCAUUCAAGACUAAACCAUUAAACGUCAUUGAUCGUUCUGUAAAUACUUACUCUUACAAACUAUCAAGUGAAUCCGACUUGCAUGAUGUUUUUAUUAAGGGAAGUGUUUAUCCGAACAAUACUUUCGCAUUGACAAACUCAAGUGAUUCCAUUCCUGAAAGCUUUACCAUUGACUUAUUUGAAAAUGAGAAGCUAUUUGAAACGUACAAAGUGAAUUCUGCGGUGGUAAAGAACUCUUAUGCCUCCGAGAAGUGUCCUGCCGGAGUAGCGUAUAACAUUACUUUCGGUUUGUCCAGUGACAGAUUAUUUUCUGUCCAAGAAGUUAGCUGCAUUUGCCUAAACGAAAAUGACGUAGAUGAAUCAAAGCAAACUAGAAAUAGAAAUACUCGGUUAAACAUUGCCUCCAAGGAAACCGAAAUUCAGAGGCUGUCUACUCCCGAGCUUCUGAAUUUGCACAAUCAUGUCAAAUUACUCGACAAACAGGAUAAUAAAAGAUUUCAAUUACAAGAAAAUUUAAACAUCCUCGAGAGCGACUUAUACGAUGCUAGAAACCUGUUAAUGGAUGAUGAAAUUGUACAAAAUGGACCGAAAUCUCAAGUAGAGAAAUUGUCAGAAAUGGUCAGAGUAUAUUUAGAUUGGCUUGAGGAUGCAUCUUUUGACACUGAUCCUCAAGACAUAAUCAGCAGAAUCAGAGAGAUUGGAAUAUUAAAAAAGAAAAUAGAGUUAUACUUGGAAUAUUCGAAGGAACCCCUGAACUCCGAACAGUUUAAAGGAAUGCUUGAAGAAGGAAAUGAAUUAUUACAGGCUGUGGAAAAACACAAAAACACUGUUGAAGGGUUUUUGAGUGAAUUUGAAACUGCGUACAUAGAUACGAUAGAAAAUGUUCGGGAAGAGUUCAAAAAGACUAAAUACCCGGCAUAUAUUUCCAAAGCACUGUCUACUUGGGAAGAAGCCCUAACCUCUUUUAAAGGUUCCAUUACCGAGAUCGAAGCACUUUUGGCCAAAAACUUAUUCGGUGAAGAUCUCCGAGAGCGCCUAUUUGAAAUAAAAUUGAGAUUCGACACGUAUCGUGCCAGCUUAGAGGAAAAACUGCAUUUUAUUAAAAGCGGUGAUGAAAGUCGUUUGAAUGAAAUAAAGAAGUUACAUUUGCGCAAGUUCCGUUCUCAAAAGAGAAAGGAGGAAAAAUUGAAAAGAAAACUUGAACAAGAAAAAAGCGAAAGGAAUAACCAAACAGAACCGGUAAUAAACAAUUCGACUAAUAAGGAGGAUACUCCUGUUAACGAUAAAACUACUGAAUCAAAUCCAUCAUUUAAGAAUGACAUUCUGCAUGAUGAAUUAUAG